CACUUUCUUUUAUGCAAAAAAUUUGAAAACUCAUCGCUCUCUCUCUCUCUGUCUGUCUUCUUCUGAGGAUCUCAAUCGAUCUCCUCUUUGACUGAUCGGUUAGGGUUUUUCCAGCUCCCCCCCAAAGACGAAAUCGCCCCCAAUUAGUAGGUUCUAGGUGCGCGGAUCUAGCCAAUCUCUCUCCCUCCAUAGCUUUUCAGCUCCUCUCUCUCGCAGCCAUGUUCUGGAAGCUCACAUCGCUCUCUGCAUCGUCUCCGGUGGAGACGAUACUAGACAAAGAGAACUUCACCUUGGAAGAGCUUCUUGACGAGGAAGAAAUUAUCCAGGAAUGCAAGGCUUUGAAUAGCCGCCUCAUUAAUUUUCUAAGGGAUAAAGCUCAGGUGGAGCAGUUAUUGCGUUACAUUGUUGAAGAACCUCCAACUGAUGCUUCUGAUAGUAAACGUGCUUUCAAGUUUCCAUUCGUCUCCUGUGAGAUAUUUACAUGUGAAAUUGAUGUUAUCCUAAAGACUUUGGUGGAGGACCAAGAGCUGAUGGACUUGCUUUUCUCCUUUCUGGAACCGAAUCGUCCUCAUAGUGCGUUGCUGGCUGGCUAUUUCAGCAAGGUUGUCAUUUGCCUUAUGGUCAGAAAGACUGCAGCGCUUAUGAAUUAUGUUAAAGGGCAUCAAAAUGUUUUCUGCCAGUUGGUUGAUUUGAUUGGAAUAACAUCCAUCAUGGAGGUUCUGGUUCGCUUGGUGGGGGCUGAUGAUCACGUUUAUCCCAACUUUCUGGAUGUGAUGCAAUGGUUGGCGGAUAGCAAUUUACUUGAAAUGAUUGUCGACAAACUUAAACCAUCUAGUCCUCCGGAGGUUCAGGCAAAUGCAGCAGAAACAUUAUGUGCAAUUUCUCGGAAUGCACCGUCAGCUUUAGCUUCACAGCUCUCUAGCCCUGGCUUCGUUUCUAGGAUAUUUGGUCAUGCACUUGAAGACUCACACUCAAAAUCGGGCCUAGUUCAUUCCCUUUCAGUAUGCACCUCUCUUCUGGAUCCCAGGAAAUCUGCUACGUCAUCAUCGAUGUUCAAUUCUUAUAGUGGUCAACAAAUGUUCGCGUCUCCUGUUCCAGUGUCCCAGGAGACUAUUGGUGCCAUGCUGCCGAAACUCAGCGACUUGCUUAUGCUUCUCACUGUAGCAUCAGACAGCACAGUAUUGCCUACAACAUAUGGUGAACUGAGGCCUCCUCUUGGAAAGCAUCGUCUUAAGAUUGUGGAGUUCAUUGCAAUUUUGCUGAGAACUGGAAAUGAAGCUGCACAAAAGGAGUUAGUUAGUUCAGGAACAAUUAAAAGAACCCUUGAUCUGUUUUUCGAGUACCCAUACAAUAACGCUAUGCAUCAUCAAGUGGAGAGUAUAAUACUUUCUUGUUUGGAAAACAAGAGCGAAUUUAUGGUUAACCAUAUUCUUCAAGAAUGCAAUCUGAUUGGAAAAUUCCUGGCUUCAGACAGGGACUGCAAUCUCUCUGGUGAUAGCCAGCCCACUGUAGCUGCCACUGGGAAAAAAAUCCCUCGAGUCGGAUAUAUUGGACACAUCACAAGAAUAUCUAAUAAAAUUGUUCAAUUGAGUAUCAUCAAUGACCAGAUGAAGUCAUACCUUCAGGAAAGCAGCGAAUGGAAUGAGUGGCAAGGUAGUGUUCUGCAGGAGCGCAACACUGUUGAGAAUGUCUACAGAUGGGGAUGCGGGCGCCCGACUACAGUACAAGAUAGGAUAAGAGAUAGCGACGAUGAAGACAAGGAUUACGAUGUUGCUGCUCUGGCCAAUAAUUUAAGCCAAGCAUUUAGGUACCAAACGUAUGAUAACGGUGACAAUGGAGAGGACCACAUUGCUCUCGACAGAGAUGAUGAUGAUGUUUACUUCGAUGAUGAAUCUGCUGAAGUAAUAAUUUCAUCGUUGAGACUCGGCGAUGACCAAGGAAGCUUGUUUACCAAUUCAGAUUGGUUCACAUUCCAAGACGACAGAUUCAGCAACACAGCAGGUUCCAAUACGAUAGAGGACUCCGAAUUGAACAGAACCUUCAAUGCCAACACCAGCAGCAGUGACGACGACGAGGUUGUGGUUGGAGUAGAAGACGAUGAUCUAACCAAGAAUCCAAAGGAUACCGCAUUCCAAACGGAGAGUCCAAUGGGGUUCUUCGACUUCAACACGUUGGAGAAAACGGAAGAAGCUUUUGCAGAACAGCCACCCGGAUGGGUUGGUUGGGACGAACCAGCAUCCGAUAUGCAAGUGAGUGGCAGAGGUCUCAACCCAUUCAUCGAUGAUGAUGAUGAUGAUGAUGACAGCAAAAACGUGAUGAACCUUGACAUACCAAUGCUUGAACCUGUGAUUCCAAACGGGUCGUCGUCUCCUACGGAAAGAUCUCCGUUCAAGAAGGAUGUGGAGUUUGUGGGAGUUGAAGCAGAAGGGACAGAGAAAGCGAUGGAGAAAGCGAUGGAGGAAGGGAUAGUAGGAGAAGCUGGAGCCAUGAAGAGAAAGAUGGAGACGGGUGAAGGUAACCAAAAGGCGGAGGAGGAAAGUUCGGAAGGGAAGGAGUUCAACGAUAACAACUACUGGAAAGUUGAUCAAGAUGUCGGAGUUUUAGAGUGAUAUUUUUUAUCUUGUACAGUGUGGUUUUGUAUGAGAGUUGUAUUUAUGUAAGAAAACUUGUUUCAAGUUGAAAUUUGAUGUAAGAGUCACUGAAAAAAGCAUGUCUCUGUAAAAAAAUGGACCUAACUUGAAUCUAAACCCCUAAACUCACUUCAUCAGAUUUUUAAAUAAGUUACUGAUUCCUACUUUUUUUUUUCUCUA